AAAAUUGGUUUGCGCCUUUAAGGGUUAAACAGUCUCGAUAGUCAGUCACUUGCACGUUGCAAAAACUGUUCUUAUUUUCAACAACAAUUAAAUAGUGAGUGAUAGUUUAUGCAAAAAAUGGUUCUCAAUUUAGGAGACAAGUUUCCGAACUUCAUCGUGGACACCACGAUUGGCCAAAUUGACUUCCAUGAGUGGGCCGGAGACUCGUGGGUUAUUCUGUUUUCGCACCCAGCAGAUUUUACUCCGGUUUGCACCACAGAAUUAGCUGCCGUUGCCCGGUUAGUUCCAGAGUUUACCAAAAGAAACGUGAAACCAAUUGCCUUAUCAUGUGAUUCCGUUGAAUCUCAUAAGAAAUGGAUUGAUGACAUCAAGGCGUAUGGAAAGCUGAACGGUUUCGAUUACCCUAUCAUAGAUGAUGAGAAGCGCGAACUCGCGGUGAAAUUGAACAUGCUUGACAAAGAUGAAAUAGGAGCAGCUGGGUUACCAUUAACCUGUCGGGCAGUUUUCAUUAUCGACCCCCACAAGAAACUACGAUUGUCGAUUCUGUACCCAGCUACCACUGGGCGUAAUUUUGCUGAAAUUCUAAGGACUAUCGAUUCAAUGCAGCUAACAGAUCGGAAGAGAGUUGCUACGCCGGCCGAUUGGGUUCAAGGUCAGGAGUGCAUGGUCCAGCCAAAUGUACCGGAAGAAGAGUUAGCUUCGCUCUUUCCUGGGGAUGUUACGAAUGUUGAAUUGCCUUCGGGUAAGAUGUAUCUUCGUAAGACAACAUUCUAGGUGAAUGUGCUGAUAUUUCAUGACUGCAUUCCUACGAACAGAUCAGCAUCUGUUGAUUGUACGAGCUUCAUACUUAUGAUCGAUUGAUCAGUCUCAUUAUAGGUACUUAUAAUAUCAAUAAACAAUGUAUACACUUAUUAA